GAUUUGGAGGUUGUUUGAUGUGCGCUGAGGAUAACCUGCCGGGUUUUGCAGCUCGCCACCCUCCAGUGGGGGUGGAACUAAAACCUGGAGUGGAGUCUGUUACCUUGAUGUAUAUCUGCUGAUGUAACCCGCUGUAAGCUAAAAAGAGGAUGGAGCACCUGCUCUCUUGAAUUAGUCCGGAACUUGGAUCCUGACAAGAGAUUGAAGAUUAUUGCGGAUCCAUGUGGGAGGAAAAUUGGGUUUGGGCACUUUGAGUAAUUGGGGUAGUAGCUUUAUUGAUUAUUGUGUUUUACAGAUAUAAGCAAUGGUUUUGUGGACAACCAGGGCCCAUUUGAUUUCUCAGUCGUUCCGAUUCCUAAUAUUUCCCCAACCGGCUGCGGAGUGUGAACCUCUUACAGAUGAAAGAAGUCCCUGCUUAGGACACCCUGGAAGCUGCCUUUUGAUGCAAAGGAACAGAAAAAAUAAUUUUUUUUUUAAUUGUGUUGGUUUUGUAAUUGUGGGUGUGAGUGUUGUUGUUGCACUCACGGUAUUGAUUGUGUUUUAUGUAUAAGCUGUAAGGUAGAGUGGGACGUGAAAAUUAUAGAGGAGGUGUUAGUACAUUAUUUGGUAAUAAAUCCUGAACCCUUGUAAUAUUAUCUGAAAAUGGAAAAGCUGAAUAUACCCGAAAUCCCUAGCUAUGUAACAAAUACCUUUGUCAAAUUGGCAGAAGACAUAGCCCACACUCUGAAUGUAUCGAAUUGUUUUGUUUGUGGAGGAACUAACAUGGGAGAAAAAUGGCCAUGGGAAGCUCAAGGAAUUAAAUUAUUCCAAAAUAUUAGAAAUGGAUCAGAAAGGUAAUCUGUCAUAUAAUAAGGGUAAGGAUGGAGACUGGACCUUGACUACUAGUCUGGUAGGGAAUGUUUGUUUUCGGAGAAAAAUUGUGCCAGGCUGUCAUCAGGUGGGAAACCUCAUAUGUACAGGAAAAUGGGAAAGUAAGGUAUGGUGGUCAGGAGCUAAUGCCACAGAGGGAACUGAUGAAAUGGCCCUGUUUAAAGUAAACGGGUUAUCCUUUCUAAAGGAUCCAGAUAAUCAGACCCUUGAAUGGCUGGCUCCUGAUGGACUAUACUGGAUAUGUGGUAAGAUGGCAUAUGGGGUUCUACCAAAAUCUUGGUGUGGAGCUUGUGUCCUGGGAAUAAUUGGACCAGGAUUCUUUUUGCUUCCCCUUAAAACCGGACAGGUGUUAGGUGUCCCGGUAUAUGAUGAGGUGGGACACUUAAGACAAAGAAGACAUGUAGACACAUCUGCAAUAGGAAAAGUUAGGGUCGGAGGUAACCAACGUGGUUGGGGAAGUGUAGAAUGGCCUGCAGAGCGAAUUAUUGAGGUUUAUGGACCGGCUACAUGGGCGGAGGACGGCAUGUAUGGCUAUCGGACCCCUAUACACAUUCUGAACCGUUUAAUUCGUCUGCAAGCUGUGGUUGAAAUCAUCACCAACGAAACUGUAAAAGGUCUUACUCAAUUAGCUAGGGAAAGUGUCAAAUCAAGGACAUAUAUUAUGCAGAAUAGGUUAGCUUUCGAUUAUUUGUUAGCCAAGGAAGGAGGGGUAUGUGGAAAGUUUAAUUUGACUAAUUGCUGUGUAGAAGUUGAUGAAAGCGGAAAGGUUAUUAAGGAAAUAACAGACAAAAUGGUUAAAAUAGCUCAUGUGCCAGUCCAGACUUGGAAAGGUCUUAAUUUACAGGAUAUGUUUUCAGGAUGGUGGCCAAAAUUACCUGGCCUGCAGGCCAUCUUUGGCCUGGUAGGAUUAAUAGCUGCGGGGUGUAUUUUUCUCCCAUGUAUUUUACCUCUGUUUGUUAAAACUAUCUCUAAAAGUCUAUCCUUGCUGGUGGAACAUAAGACAAUGCUCAGGUGA